AAGUUCAGGCAGGAACGCCAACAGGAUGGCGCUAACAAGCAACUCAUCUCCUGUGAACAACAAGAAGGACCCGGACUUCGAUGAAGAAGCUCAGAAGAUCUUCGCUUCUUUGGGUCUGGGGAAGGAGGGAAGCUCUAGUAGAUACAAUUCUUGCGAUCCGAUCUGGAAGCAUCCAAGGACUGGUGGAACAAUUUAUGUUGGAAACGUUGAAGCAGCUAGCAACAUGGACAUUUUGAAGAACAAGAACAUAUCGCACGUUGUCAACUGUACAGACAAUAUGCCACUUUAUCAUCAAAAAUCUUCUAGCAUAUCGUAUUAUCGCUUCGACAUUGCCAGCUGGUGGAGGCAUGUCAAGGAUGAUACAGAUUCUGUCAUAGAAUUCACACAGAGCGUUUUUGCGUUUGUUGGCGAAGCUCUUGCUGCGGGGAAGAAUGUUUUGAUUCACUGCUUAGCCGGCGCGCACAGAGCCGGGACAACAGGGUGUGCAUUGUUAAUGCACUUUGGGGGUCUUGAUACCAAAGCUGCCAUAGCUGUCGCUAAGCGACUCCGGCCGGUGAUUGACCCCAUCGGAACUCUGCCAGAAUUACUAAAGAAGAUAGAAAAAGCAAACAAACUCAAAUCUCCGAAGGAACGCUUUCCUAUAGCUCACUUCGAAUAGAAUCGGAAGAAUCUGUUGUGCCGACAAUUUCUGGGGAAAUAUAUCGACUUUUGCGAUGGUGCGCAAACAUGCAAAAAAUCUC